ACAUUUAUUUCAAUUUCAAAUAGUCAAUUUCAAAUUCAACAAACUGGAAAUAAAAUGCAGGCUGAUAACUUCUUGUUAAGUAUAUUAUUAUUUUUAUAUACUGUUGCCAAGGCUGAUCGCGGUACUGUCAGUGACCUGAGCGACGACACCUUUGAGCUUUUGAUCUCCGGAGGACAUAAGCCGGAUAGUAAUAGAUACUCCCGGCACGUGGUCUCCAUUAGGACCCUCAAUUAUGUCGAGGUCCGGGGAGACAAUCACUUUUGCAGUGGAACUCUGAUCAGCAGUCGGACCGUUCUGACUGCAGCCCAUUGUUUGACGGACCGUUACAAGGCCUCCAUGAAUCCGCGAGGCCUGCGGGUUAUUUUCGGACACAUCGACCGCUUGGCGGCCCACUAUGAUGGGAACAGCCGUCGCGUGGAUCAGAUUAUGGUGCAUCCGAGAUAUGAGCGAUACAAAACCCAUGAUGUGGCUAUACUCCGGUUAACGGAAAGGAUUCCCAGUAACAACCAUGACGUGGCGCCAAUCAUAUUGCGCAAGGAAGCGAAUCUUACCGAAUCUAUCCAAUGUAUCACCAUGGGCUGGGGUCAAAUUUAUCAGCACGGCCCGUAUUCGGAUGAACUGAUCUACAUGGAUGUGGAAAUUAGUAACCCUUCCCGGUGCGUCGAACAUAUUCCAGACUUCGAUGAGAAUGAGAGUGUGUGCGUGAAGCCGAGUAGCGAGGGCGAGUACUGUGCCGGCGAUAUGGGCGGGCCACUGAUUUGCCGGGGUGCUCUGGCAGGAAUCAUCGGUGGAAGCCUCGGCUGUGCCGGCGGGCAGGCCAUAAAGUUUGUCAGCUUUCUAAAAUAUAGAAAAUGGAUAGAGGAUAAUGUGCGUGCAAUGACCGGCUCUAAAAGAUCUGUUUUUGUGUAUAUCCCAGCUUACUAUUGGAUAUUAUCAAGUAUUCUGCAUUGGCUUUGGAAAAAUCUGUGGCUUGAGCUUUGAAUUAUUCUUCUUUUCUAGUCGUUAUGGUAAUAUCCAUGAUUUAAAAAUAAAUAUUCGAGUUCAUAGCUACUUUGA